CUCCUUCAAUCCAUCCAUUAACCCUUCAAUUCUCCUAUACUCAAUCAAAUGGCUUUCUGCGACUCCAAAUUCUCCCUUCUGGCAUUCCUCUCUCUCUCCCUCUCCCUCUUUGCUGCUAAAACUUUUGCCAAUGAAUUCUCCAUUGUUGGCUACGCGCCCGAUGACUUAACCUGCAUUGACAAGCUCAUCAAUCUCUUCGAAUCGUGGAUUGAAAAACACGGGAAAAUGUACGAGAGCAUCGAGGAGAAGGUGCAGAGGUUCGAGAUUUUUAAGGAGAACUUGGAGCACAUCAAUGAGAGGAACAAGAACGUUAAGAACUAUUGGCUUGGUUUGAAUGAGUUUGCGGAUUUGAGGCAUGAAGAGUUCAAGCAAAAGUAUUUGGGAUUGAAGAAUAAGGGUGAGAAGACAGAGGCCAGUAGUAGUAGUGAAGAAGAAUUCAGUUACAGAGAUUUUGUUGAGGUGCCCAAGUCUGUUGACUGGAGGAAGAAAGGAGCUGUCACUCCUGUCAAGAACCAAGGUUCAUGCGGAAGUUGCUGGGCGUUUUCAACAGUAGCAGCAGUGGAGGGCAUAAACCAAAUAGUAACAGGGAACUUAACCUCGUUGUCUGAGCAAGAGUUAAUAGACUGUGACACAACCUUCAACAAUGGCUGCAAUGGAGGUCUUAUGGAUUACGCCUUUCAGUUCAUCAUCUCCAAUGGUGGACUUCACAAGGAGGAUGACUAUCCUUAUUUAAUGGAGGAAGGCACCUGCGACGAAAAGAGGGGUGAAUCAGAGAGUGUGACCAUUGAUGGCUAUCGCGAUGUGCCCCGAAAUGACGAGCUGUCGCUCCUGAAAGCACUGGCAAACCAGCCUCUCAGUGUAGCCAUUGAGGCAUCGGGUCGCGACUUCCAAUUUUACAGCGGGGGUGUGUUUGAUGGGCAUUGUGGAACUGAGCUUGAUCAUGGAGUUGCAGCAGUGGGGUAUGGAUCUACAAAGGGAAUGGACUAUAUCAUUGUGAAGAACUCAUGGGGACCAAAAUGGGGAGAAAAGGGAUUCAUCAGGAUGAAGAGAAAUACUGGCAAAUCUGAAGGCCUUUGUGGCAUCAACAAAAUGGCUUCUUACCCAACCAAGAACAAGAAGAAAUGAUCAUGUGGCAUGCCUGCCUACGUUUUCUGUUUUCAGUACUAUUUCAACAUUAAUUUGUUUCUUAAACAUUUGCUGCUAUAAGUUUCAUUUAUUAAUAUCCUAUUAUAUAUGUACUCAUGCAUAACAUUGGAUUAUUGGAUUAUUGGAUUAUAUAUAAACCAAUUAAUCACUCUUUUGUUGUUU